AUCCGCAAUUAGGCGCCACUUGACGACGACGCUCGACUACCUCCGCCACCGAUUAAAACCGGCCCGCGCCGACGAGCAAGACAUCCAAGCACACCACCCUGACUCUGGAGGAAGUUGGCGACAACAGCAUCCUUCGCCGACAUCGUCACCACCCUCCUUGGUCUCCUCCGCGGCGUUACCCGCGACUUCCCAAGUCAUGGACCCGAAUCAGAGGGAGCUGCCUUCGGGCACGAUCCCUUUCAGCGAGGAAUGGACGCACGGGUUGACAACGCAGUUCGAACAGUUGCUGAGGACGAAACGAUUAAACGAACUUCAAUCACGAUCACGCCAGGGCUCUCCUGCGCCAAAACAACCCUCAUCGUCGGGCAAUCCACAACAGUCCUCCUCGUCGGCUUCAUCCAACUCUCACGACGCACAAGCACCGCCAUCGUACUCUACCGUACGGCAUCUUCCCUUGAUCCCAACCGCUCCAUCGCCCGACGACCGCGCGUCUACCAAGUUCCGAAACCUGCUCGUGUCUCUGUCAGCGACGCCGACUAAGUACGAGAACCCCGGCCUGCUCGACGAGGCCCUGCAAGUGAUCCCGCUAGACAGGAUAUAUAGCGAGGCCGAGGAGGAGAGCCAAGUCUUGCAGGCGCAGGCCGAGAGUUUAGGCCCUGGCCAUACACCGGAAUGGGGUUACCAAGACUGCGUCAUCCGUGCCCUCCUCAGAUGGUUCAAGAGAGAUUUCUUCACCUGGGUCAACAAUCCCCAAUGCCCGGUGUGCUUCUCGCCGACAAUCGCACAGGGCAUGACACAGCCGACGCCCGAAGAGAAGGCAUGUGGCGCGUUGCGCGUGGAGCUUUACCGAUGUUCCAACGCCAACUGUAUGGCGUAUGAGCGCUUCCCCCGGUACAGUGAUGUCUGGCGGCUUUUGCAGACACGGCGGGGGCGCUGCGGCGAGUGGGCAAACUGCUUCAGCAUGUUGUGCCGGGCAGUGGGCGGGCGCGUGCGGUGGGUGUGGAAUGCCGAAGACCACGUAUGGACCGAGGUCUACUCGGAGCACCAGAAGCGAUGGAUCCACGUCGACGCCUGCGAAGAGGCCUGGGACAACCCCCGGCUGUACACGGAGGGCUGGGGCAAGAAGAUGUCGUACUGCAUCGCAUUCUCGAUCGACGGCGCGACCGACGUGACCAGGCGCUAUGUGCGGAAAAUGGAGUACUACAACGACCGCAACCGGUGUCCGGAAGAGGUUCUGUUGUACAUCAUGCAAGAGAUCAAGCACCUGCGGAGGGCCAACAUGGACAAGGAGACGCGCUUCCGGCUUGAAAAGGAGGACGCGAAAGAGGAGACCGAACUGCGCAGCUAUAUCGUCGCUUCGAUUGCGCAGUCCGUGACCAAGAUCGUGCCGACCAUCGAACGCGGCGCGACCGCGAGCGGCGAGGGGCGGCGAGGAGGAUCUUCGUCGGGCGAUGAUACUAAGGUUCCCGUGUCCGCCGAUCUUCCGGGCCGCCAGAGCGGCAAUGCCGAAUGGGUCGCUGCGCGCGGCGAGAAUGGCAUGCGAAACCGCUUCUUUCCUCCUAAUCAAGGGCCACCGUUCCCCUGAGGUCUAAGGUAUCAUCUCCAAAUAUCGUGGACCCAGACGCCGACAAACAACAAAACCAACACCCGCCCCAGGAAGCCGGAAGUUCACCCACCAUGACCCCCAUCCGUCCGCGCUUCCUCCGCCAACGGCCGCCUGCGAAAACCAUGCGACGACUUACGAGUCAGCUACCGGCAAC